CAAAAACGUCACCGUAUUUUUCUCGACGCAGCUGACGAUGUAAACAAGAAAAGACAGUCGAGGGCAACAGGGAUCAAAUAAGCCGGUGUCACCGCAAAUGAUAGCCUAUAUAUGCUCAUAAACGGCUGACAUGGGGCUGCCUGUUACGAUUAAAGUGAAUUUCCGUGGGAAUGUGAAGAGAUUUCUGGCUCAGGAUUUGGACAAACUGGAGUGGGAGUCCGUUGAAGCCUGGAUCAAAGCGUCUUUUGGGAUCAACCACUUUCAAGUCAAAUACUUUGAUGAGGAUAAUGAAGAGAUUUGCAUAAACAGCCAAGAUGAAUAUGAAGAAGGCAUCAAGAGCGCUGAGAAGCAGGGGAACCAGUUACACAUGAACGUGUACAAGAUGAAAGGGCAGGCCUGUGGAGGCCCACUGAAGACGGAGGUGAAGGAGCUGAAAGGCGACCUCCGACCUGCUCCUCCUUAUCCCUCAAGGGUCAAAACGGUGGAUAAAGGCACACAGGUCACACCAGAGAGAGAAGCUGUCACAGUAAAGGACAACAAGGGGAACAAGCCAGAAGAUGAGCCACCUCCCAUGUGGUUUAGAUCGUACAUGGAGAAGUUUAAAGAUGAGGUGGUGAAAGAGGUGGUGGAAAGGAUGUGCAAUGACUUUUCUGGCCAGUGUUGUACCCACAAGUCACCUGAUGGGCCCCUUGAGGCCAGUGGCGGCCCUAUAGGGCCCAGGCCGGGCCCCUCCAUCUUAACUGGAUCCCUUGGCUACACCCCAAACUGCAGCAGCUGCAACAAACUCACCUCGGAAGGGGCUUACAAGUGCAGUGUGUGCCCGUCCUGCAUCCUGUGUGAGAUGUGCAGACAUAGCCAUGACCCCAGCCACAACCUUGUGAGAACCAAGACACCUCUCUCCAUCCCUGAGCAUGGCAUGUCGGGAGAGUUGAGGUUCCCAAGGCGAGGAGACAGGACAGUGCGCAAGGCCGAGCGACAGCGCCUCAAAGCUGAAAGGAGGCAGCUAAGAGCUGAAGUGAAGGAAAUUAAGAAGAAACUGAGACUGGAGAAGAGGGGUCCGCAGUGGAGUGGGCCCUCUACCUCAGGCAGAGCCAACCUGACAAACAUGGCCUCCGCCUCCACCCAGGUCCCAGCCCUGCCCCCCCCUGCUGCCUCAGAAACUGCUUCAGGUCCAGCCCCAGCCCAAGGUCCCGUCCCUGCCCCGGUCCCUGAUCCCCAGACCUCCAGUCCAGAGGGUCCCGGGGUAUCGCACACGUCCUUGGUUCCUACUAUGGCUGCCUUGUUUCUGGAUGAAAAUCUGCCGGACGGGACCCGUCUGGAGCCUGGUACCAAGUUCAUCAAAUACUGGAAGAUGAGGAACUCGGGCACUAUCAGCUGGACCUCAGAGACUAAGCUAGUGUUCAUGUGGGGAAACCUCGGCCUGGCUUCAGAGGAGAGGAGGGAGGUGCCGGUCCCGUUGCUGCUGCCGGGACAAGUGGGAGUGGUCAGUGUGGCCUUUGUCGCUCCCGUGACGGAGGGGACGUACACCUCCCACUGGCGGCUGGCGCACUGCGGGUGUCAGUUUGGCCCGCGUGUCUGGUGCAGCAUUGUGGUCGACCUCGGUGACGGCUGUAACACACUCGGGCAUCAGAGCAAACAACUGAAGGAGGAGGUGAGGCCAGAGGAGAAGGAGAAGGAGGUAAGGUCUAAGGACAGCAGACCGGACUUGUCGUUAGACCUGAACCACGAAGACUACUACUUCCCCUCAGUCGACCUGCUGACUGCACAGGAUCUGCUGUCAUUUGAGUUGCUGGAUAUAAACAUUGUGCAAGAGUUGGAGAAGGUUCCUAACAACACUCCUGUGGAUUUGACUCCCUGCAUAUCUCCCCUGCCCCAUGAUGCACCAGUGUUGGAGAAGGCCAUCAUUUCACAGAUUCAAGAAGACGCAGAGGUCACAGGGGUCAGGAAACUUUUUGUGAAACUGAGGCAGCAGAGGGAGCUGCAGGAGCCUGUGAGCCAGGAUGAGGACAGGGAGGAGGAGAUCAGUGGAGCUCAGUUCCUCUGUGAGACAGUCAUCCGCUCCCUCACCUUAGAGGAGGCCCCUGAUCACAGACCCUUGCGCAGGGCCCAGCACAGCAGCCACAAACCACAGGUUGUUUCCCGGGGCACCAGCAUUUGCUUCGAGAGAGCUGCAGAGGCUGAGAAGACGGAGACAGUGCAGGAAGGAAAUGAGGAGAUCUGCGCCAUUAGACUUGAGAGUUCAGCUCUGCCUCUCAACACGGGCCUCAACCAGAUCACAGAGGAAGAGGAGACAGGGCCAGGUCAGUGGACGACUUCUAGGAUUCUGUUCAUUUCCAUUUCAGCUUCUCGAUUGAAAACCUGCUCAUUCAAUUCACAUCAUGAUAUUGAGAACGAAGAGGUCCUGGUCUUGGAUGACAUGCAGAACAUAGGGGAUAUUCAAGAGGAGAAAGAGGAGGGUGCAACUAAAGGGGAAGACUGGGAGGAGGUCAGCAGCCAGACCUCCUCAGUCUCCUCCUGCGACGAUUACAUCAUUGUCCUCCCAGUCUGCUUUGACACCAGCCGGCCUCUGGGCGAGUCCAUGUACAGCUCCGCCAUGUCGCAGCCUGACGCUGCUGCUGAUGAGACCUCAGCCGAUCCAGAUGUACAGCAGGAGGAAGAGGAAGAGGAAGAGGAGGAAGAGGAGGAGGAGGAGGAGGAGGAAGAGGUAGAGGAAGAGGUAGAGGAAGACUCCAACUCCGAGCCAGACGAGGUGGCACCGCUAAGAGAGAAGCAGGAGGCGGUCGAGGCCGAGGAUUCAUCUGAGAACACGUGGCCUCCGCCUGUCCAGCCCGUCCACAGCAGUGUGAACCAGAUGCUGUGCGCCUCCCAAACCCUGGACGCUGUGACGCUCACCCCUGAGGUGGUGCCACCACCAGUGCUGCCUGACCCCCUGUUGCCCCCCCCGACCCUCUACUCACCCAGGUCUGAGGCACUGUACCUGGCCGAGGAUCCCAGUCCUCCAGCCUGUCAUCCAUACGAGCCACACCAACCAAGGGUCCACCUAAAUGUAUCAUCUGGUCUGUCAAGAUCAGCCGGCUCAGCAUCCAGUGCCUUUGAGACAUAUAACCCCAGACCCAGCAACGCUUUGCAGCCAAGGGGCCAAGGAGGCAUCACAGAGGGACUUGUCAAGGGGGCCCUUUCUGUGGCAGCAUCCGCUUAUAAAGCUCUCUUCACUGGACCAAACUGCUCAAUACAGCGAGGCAUCGACCCGGCCACCAGGCAGGAUCCUUCCCUGAUGGCGAUGCUGCUGGAGAUGGGCUUCAGAGACCAGCGGCUCAACCAGCGGCUGCUGAGGAAGCACGGCUACAGCCUGCUGCACACCGUCAACGAGCUGGUGCAGAUGGCCGAGGAGAGCCAGAACAAAGCUGUCAACACUCAGCGCUGAGCGAGAGGAAAGUGAAGGAUUCUGUAAAAGGAUUUUAUUUGACUUUUAAACAUAAUGUAAAGAGAAUAAUUUCAUUAUGACCUGCGUAUAUCUCAGCCUUUACUGUGUCUAGAUUUAUUUUGAACUAUGUAAAGCAAAGACAAAGAAAAGCUGUUUAUGAUUUGUGCAAUUGAUUUGAUUUUCCAAAGGGUGGAUAGUUAUUUUGGACCGAUAGUAACGGUAAUAAGACAACAAUGUCACUAAACGUAGAACAAAAAUGAAAGAGGAGCAUUUAUUUCUUGAACUUGAAAAUAAUUCUGGGCUUCUUAUUCCUUUUGCCUUUAUAAUUUAGCUUCAACGUUUUUGACAGAAUUAACCAUAUCUACGCUUUUAAAUUAUUAUGAAUAGUGGUUAACCUUUGCCACGCCUUGUUUACCUGGUCAAAGGGAGCAGGAGCUGUAGUUACGACAGGACAAAAGUGCGUAUUUCCGCUCUUCAUCUUAAGUGUUUGUAUGGCUGUUGUAGCUGCUUCCUCGGCACUGAAAAAUUAUUGUCUUUUGACAGGGCUUGGCUAGAUUCUUCUCACAAAUAGAGCAAUGAAAAUUAAUAUUGUUGAAUGUCACAAAAGAUAGAAAUGUUCUGAAGAGCCGGCUCUUAUUUAAGACGAUGCUACUGAAGCUAUGUGGAUAUUCUGGGUGUUAAGAGUCAGCAGUGCAGUACUGAGAAUAUUUAAGACUUUUCUUGAUUAUCGUAGUGAAAUCUGCCUAAACAAUGCAAUCUUUUUUCUGUAUCAGAGUACUGUUAUUUUAGACGUUGACAUGUGGAAUGUAUACAAAAACUGUCGGAGCGGAUCAUCGUUCAGACUCGAGAUGUUUUCUACUGCUUUUUAGGAGACACCUGCAUGACAGGUAGAGGCUUUAGAGAUGAGUCGUGUUCUCGUGGUCUUAGCACAGUCACGGUAGAAAAUGUCCGCUUAGUUUGCGUCAUUAUACAACAUCCCCCUGCCUGCAUCUUCUCGUUUCCUCGUUCAGCUGAAACAGUCAUUUAACACUAAUCCAAAUCCGAGAUGUCUCUAACACAUUCCUCACUUUCAUAGUGGAACCAAGCAUAUUUUAUUACAUUGCCUUCAUGAACCCUGAUUAUUAGUUUACUGAUAAAGUCAUGUAAUCAUACAUGUGGUGAUUUUGACAUUUGUGGUGUGCAGAUUUAAGUUAAUGUCUGUUAUUUUGGAUCCUGUGUGUCUGGUUGAGGAUUUGUUUGGACCAUAUUUCCUUCUGUUGAUUGUCCACGUGUUAAAGAAUCAUCCUCUAGAGAGAAUAAUUCUGAAUAUAUCUGCUAUGCUUGUCAAAUUAUUCCUCUGUCACAGAGUGUAUACAUUAAAUCCCCUUCUACUGUCAAUCCACCAAUAAACUAUUUGCACAUCUC